UAUGGCUCCAGUCCCCUGGCCAUGCUGACGGCGGCGUGCAGCAAGUUUGGUGGCUCCAGCCCUCUGCGGGACUCAACAACACUGGGCAAAGCAGGCACAAAGAAACCGUACUCUGUGGGCAGUGACCUCUCCGCUCCGAAAACCAUGGGGGAUGCCUACCCAGCCCCCUUUUCAGGCACCAAUGGGCUCCUCUCACCUGCAGGCAGUCCUCCAGCACCCACCUCGGGCUAUGCCAAUGACUACCCUCCCUUUUCUCACUCUUUCCCUGGGCCCACGGGCACCCAGGAUCCUGGGCUCCUAGUGCCCAAGGGACACACUUCUUCUGACUGCCUGCCUAGUGUCUACACGUCUCUGGACAUGGCACACCCCUAUGGCUCCUGGUACAAGGCAGGCAUCCAUGCAGGCAUCUCACCAGGCCCUGGCAAUGCUCCUACACCUUGGUGGGACAUGCACCCUGGGGGCAACUGGCUAGGAGGAGGGCAGGGCCAGGGUGAUGGGCUGCAAGGGACACUGCCCACAGGCCCUGCCCAGCCUCCCUUGAACCCCCAGCUACCCACCUACCCAGCCGACUUUGCCCCCCUUAAUCCAGCCCCCUACCCAGCUCCUCACCUUCUGCAACCAGGGCCUCAGCAUGUCUUACCCCAAGAUGUCUAUAAAUCCAAGGCAGUGGGCAAUAGUGGGCAGCUGGAGGGGAGUGGUGGAGCCAAAACCCCUCGUGGCACAGGCACAGGGGGCAGUGGUGGCUAUGGGGGCAGUGGAGCAGGGCGCUCCUCCUGUGACUGCCCUAACUGCCAGGAGAUAGAGCGCCUGGGGGCAGCAGCAGCUGGGCUGCGGAAGAAGCCCAUCCACAGCUGCCACAUCCCGGGCUGUGGCAAGGUGUACGGCAAGGCCUCGCACCUGAAGGCACACUUACGCUGGCACACGGGCGAGAGGCCCUUCGUCUGCAAUUGGCUCUUCUGUGGCAAGAGGUUCACCCGUUCGGACGAGCUGGAGCGCCACGUGCGCACUCACACCCGGGAGAAAAAGUUCACCUGCCUGCUCUGCUCCAAGCGCUUUACCCGGAGUGACCACCUGAGCAAACACCAGCGCACCCACGGCGAGCCAGGCCCGGGGCCCCCACCCAGCGGCUCCAAGGAGCUGGGGGAGGGCCGCAGCGUGGGGGAAGAGGAGGCCAACCAGACACCCCGACCUUCAGCUUCUCCGGCACCCCCAGAAAAAGCCCCGGAAGGCAGCCCGGAGCAGAGCAACCUGCUGGAGAUCUGAGCUGGGUAGAGGGUCUCCAGUCCCAGGGCUGCUUGCCAGUCUCUCCUGGCUCCGUGGACCACUGCUUACCCCUCACUCCUUUGCCCCAUGCAUGCUGCCCUUUGGGGUGCUCUCCAUCUCUCCCCUGGCUAUUCUGAGCCUGGGUACCUCCCUGCAUGCCUCCUCAGCUCCCCUCUUCCCUUUGCCAUACGCCCAUCCCAUAAACUCUCAUCUUAGGCCCUCACCUUGUGCCUGAUUUCUGUAUUCUGGCUUCCUAAACUCUUCUCUUGCCCUUGCUCACAGCUUCUCUCUCUUCUGCUCUUACCACACCAGUUCACUUUCCUUCCAUGUGGACUCCCAACACUUUAUUUUUCUAUGUUAUUAACUCCUUGACAUCCAUCCUUUCUGCUUCCCAAGCUUAUUUACCACUAUCCCUUUGCUUCCAGGCUCCAGUCUCCCCAAGUUCUUACUCCACUGCUGCCGGUGCUCCAGAGCAUUCUUCCUUUUUACAAACACAAUGAUGAUAACGAUGAUGAUGAUGAUAAUUUAUUGCCCCCUGGUGGCCUCUUCAUUAGGGACCAGAGUUAGGGGGAUUGGGGUUAGUGACCUGGCAGGGAGCAGGGUACCAAAAGGGGGGCAGACCAGUGGGGAUCUAAUCCCAAAGAUGGGGUGUCCCCAGGGUCAGGGAGGCUGCCCCCAGGCCUGUAUAUUUAACCCCUAUGUUCCAAGAGAAAUGAAUACUAAUAAUAAUAAUAAUUCUAUUUAUCUAAGUUAUGAUGACAGGUCAGGUAGAGUGA